GAGCCUCAUUCAUUGGCCUGAGCUCAUGAGAUCAGGGCAACAAACAAUACCGACCAGACAGAAGAAUUAAACUAACCUUAUUUUUAACCUCUCAUUUUAGACAGGGACGUGUACACUUCAAACUAUUCCUAGAAAACCAAACAGUAUACACGCUACAAAACAAUUUAACAGCAAGUUACUUUUGAAGAGAUUUUUUUUUCUUUUUUUAUGGUUAUGGUUUUUUAGCAGCAUGACAAUGUUUGUCAUUUUUCGAGUGGUCUUUCUUCAUCUCCUCCUCAUUGUUUUUCCAUACAUCUCUUCAGCUUCAGAAAAGACAGGCUCCAACAACACUAGCAACGGGCGGAUGUUUGUAGUGUUUAAUAACAAUACAUUACCAGAUGAGCAAAGGGAGCAGAUACAAAGCAAUGUCAUUGUACUGCUGGUUCCUCUCCUCUGCCUCCUGGCCUUCAUCAUUGGGUUUCCUGCAAAUUCGCUUGCCCUCUGGGUGCUGCUCUUCCGAACCAAGAAGCUCCCUUCCAACAUCCUGCUGAUCAACCUCACCAUCUGUGAUCUCAUGUUUCUGCUGGUGUUGCCUUUUCGUAUUGUUUAUCACUUUCGGGGCAAUGACUGGACUUUUGGUGAAUCAUUCUGUCGUAUUGUGAUUGCACUAUUCUAUGGAAACAUGUAUGGUUCAGUGGUGUGCCUGGCACUUGUUGCUGUGGAUCGCUAUGUUGCUCUUGUUCACCCUUUUGGGGCCAAGACAUUGCGUAGUAACAGGAAUUCUGUGUGUAUGAGCGUAAUGGUUUGGAUAGUGAUUGCAACAGCAGCUGUGCCCUUAUUAGUCUCCAAACAAUCUUAUAAAAUAAAGGACCCUCCUAUAACAACCUGCCAUGAUGCUCUUCCACCAGAUCAACAGGAAAAGUUCUUUCUGCCUUAUUUUAUUGCCCUCUUCUCCAUCUUUUUCCUGCUUCCAUUGCUUGUAGUGGUGUUUAGUUAUGUUUCCAUCCUACGUACCCUUAUGGCUGAAGGGCAACGUUAUGCCCAUGCUGUGAGAGUGACUGUGCUGAUGUUGAUAGUGUUUGUGGUUUGUUUUUUGCCAAGCAACAUUCUUCUACUGUUGCAUUACUCAAAAUCAGACUUUAUUAAUAAUGAUCUUUACGUUCCAUACCUGAUCAGUUUGUCUCUCAGUACCUUUAACAGCUGCAUUGAUCCCUUUAUCUUUUACUAUGUGUCUAAAGACUUCAGGAAUAAGCUAUGUGAAGCUCUGAGUUGUCAUAGAUCUGAUUCAAAGUCCUCCUCAGAAACAUUUAGGUCAAACAUAACACUGAUGUCAAAGCUGAGUAGAAGCAAAGAACUUCUUAAUUGAGGAUCAGUUUGAUCAAUGACAUGAAAUUUAGGCCAUCAAAAAAUCUAGGGCUCACUAAAGCAUUAAUACUAUGUCUGUCUCACGGCAAGUCGUGUUAUAGUAAUGAAAAUUUUGAUUAAUUUAUUUGUGUUUGCUUAUUUUCAUGUCUCUGGAGACGAAUGUCGUUUUCGUCCUUCCCAGCACAAAUUUCUAUCAAUGGCUGUUUGUGUCUGUGACACGACUUUUUUUUAUCGUGUCAUUUUAUAUUUGGUUUUCUCAUCGUUGUUUUCUAUUGUUUGACCAUUGUCGCUUGGGGUUUAGAUUAGAAUCACUUUCUCCGACUUCUUAACCCAAACCCCAACUCUAACCCCAACUCCAUGUAAGAAUAGUUUUAAAAGCGGACGAAAAACAUAUAUAAAACCAAUGCAUAAAAUUACA